UCCGCGUUAGCAAUAAGAUGAAAACAUGUUGACUGGUUUCAGUAGUGUUAGUAUACUUUCUAGUCUAAGUAAAUAAACUGGGAAAACGUUUUAAUAGUAUAAAAUGACAAUACCAUAAUAUCUUUUUAUGUGGUUUUGUCGAAGAUCAUUUUAACUCAAGAUUAUGAUUCUGAGUGAGCAUCGGUCUUCAACAAAGAUAGAACAUCAUGUUAGACAGAGAAGUAGUCGUUUUUUGAUGUUUUAUUACGUCUAUAAAGUACAAUCAAGAUGAGUACGUGUAAACUGUCGAAGUUGUAUGUUAUGACAGCUCUCUCUGGAUUUUUCUUUGGAGCAGAGAUUGUGGCCAGCCACUUUACAAGAUCUCUGGUUUUGUUGGCAGACUCUUACCACAUGUUGUACAAUGUGUUCUCCCUACUUUUACUUAUUAUCAACUUUAAGAUGACUAAGGAAAGAACGUUGGAAAAUACGUUUGGUUGGGCACGUGUAGAGGUGCUGGGAGUCCUAGUGAAUGUGUUAUUUCUCGUUGCUCUGUGUUUCACCAUUUGCGUAGAAUCCAUCCGAACAAUUUUUCAUACUUCUCAUGCAAACAUUGAACCUCAGUAUCCAUACGGCCUGUUAACAUUUGGUGUAUUUGGGUUAUGUCUCAACUGUGUUUGUACAGUCUUGAUUGGAGGCUAUUCAAGGCACCAAGGUUGCUAUCUAACCGUUCAUGGGGACGAUGUUGAAGUCAACUUGGUGUUGUGUACAGAUGAACACACAAGUAAACCAGUCCAUCUGGAAUACAUCGAACACACAAGUGAAACUCUACUAUAUGGCCAAACACGUGGAUUAAAUAGUACCAACGUUACACAAUACUCACGUUAUUUACGUCGAAUGCUUGAUUUUCUACGAGACUCAUGCAGUUGUGUUUUAGUUACGAUAGUUUCUUAUUUUGUUCUUCACAAGGAUGACCGAGGUUUGAUCAAAUAUGCCGAUCCCAUCCUUGGCCUCAUCACUGUUGCAAUCCUGAUCAUUACAAGUUAUCCACUCAUGAAAGAAAGUGGACUGAUUCCUCUUCAGAGUGUAAUCCAUCACAUCGACGUCAAGAUGCUAAAGAAACGCUUGAUGUUGGAAUUUCCGGCCAUUCUAAACGUACACGACCUACACGUAUGGCAACUGACCAGUGAUCGUGCGAUCGCCACACUUCAUAUAAUAUUGAAUUCUUCCCAUGACUACCCGAAUAUUACUUAUCAUAUUGAGAAUUUCUUUCGAAAGGAAGGUAUUGCUUUCGUGACUGUACAGCCAGAAUUUUUCAGGAGUAGAGGAUUUCUCAGAAGUUCAGAAUGUAUUACCCAGUGUUCGGAGUCAAGAACAUGCGGGGCUCUAAUGUGCUGUGGGUCUUUACGUCAAACUUUCACAAAACAAUUGGAGAAUAGGUGUAGAGAUAAUUAUGAACCCCUCCGUGUAAGUAAUUUUGGUGUCGUUGAUCAGGUUGUUUCUGGUAUUGUACCACUUGUUCAUGAUAAGAUCAAUAUUCAAAAAAUGUGCAAGGAACUCGAACGACAACAGCAAAGUAUGGUGCUUAAACCUAAUUUUGAUAGUGAUAGUUUCUGUGCAGAGUCAGUAGCACAUAUUUUCAAAAAUUUGAAAGAAAGCAAGGAAACUCGUGUGUGACAUUUGGAAGGCAAUAUGAAAACCCACUUUUGAAAUUUCAAGGUGUAAAUAAAUUUAUAUAUAUAACUUUAAGACACCAGAAAGAAAAAAACCGAAUAUUUUGUUACAAAUAAGUAUAUAAGAACAAAGAAAGAAAUUGGUGUACAAAGGAACAAGUAACAAUUUGCUGUGUAAAACAUGGAAGUGAAUUAAAAAUUUACCCUCGAAGCUUUGAAAAGAGUGAUAAAAAGAGAACUGUGAUAUUUGGAAAAAAAGACAAACUUUUAUUUGUGACAUCUACUAUGUGGUAAGAAAUUUGAUGUAAGACAAAAGUAGAAAAAAAUCCGUAAACUAAGGUUAAACGAAAGAAAAGUAAUCAAUGUCGAGUGUCUGAAAAAUACAAAACAAUUUUAAUUAAAGGCAGGAAAUAAAAAUACUACCUUUUCAGGACACUCAGAAGAAGUUUUCCAAAACUUCAGUUAGAGAGUAAACUAAAGCAACUAAGUAGCCCGUAUGUGGAUAAAAUUAAAUAUUUUCUUUAACUUAAUUUUUAUGUAACCUACUGAGGUAAAAUGAAUUGCUGUCUAGAAUAUCAUUGUGUAGUAAUUAUGUGUAGAAGUUAGAGUUAGAUGAAAAGUCGUACGUUUGUAUUGUUAUACCGAGGUACUCUGCUAUACUGUUAGCAUUACUCUUUACAUAGCUUUUGUGACACAUUUUCUAGUUUUGUUUGAUUACGCUUCUUGAAAUUUACAUCUAUACAGUUGUUUCCAAAACAAAUUUACUAAUGUUCUUUUCGUCGAUUCAAAACUAAAUACCGUAUCUGACUUCAUAAUUUCCUUAAUAAGAUACUUUGUAGAAAUGUCGUGGAUGGUGGAUUAAUACCAUAAUAACCUAAUUACCAACAAAUAAUGAAAAUGUCCAGAUAUUUAAAAUUUAAAAUAAUUGAUUAAGUUGUUUGUUUAUUCUUGAGAAGUUAUAGUUAGGUUAACCAAAAAUUGUAGAAAUAAAAUAUAACAAAUGGAAUCUUUGAACGUGGGUUUUACCAAAAAAAAAGAUAAUAUUGUCAACAAGAAUGUCUGUGAAAUCAAAUCUCGACAAAUGUAUAAAAGUUUGCGGGCCAACGCCCGGCAAAAGUCUGUAGUCUGAGUUCUAGAAAUAACUGUGAGGUUAGUUUAAUGAAGAGUCCACAGACGUCUUUGGUCUAGAAUGAACGAAAAGUGAAUUAUUGGGAAAAGAAUUAAUCAAGUGUCAAAAAGUGUGAUGAACAGCAGAAAAAAUACAAUAGAGUUUCUAUAAAUUUGAACUGUAUAUAUGCAAAACAUGUGAGGGGUGUUUCUAUUCAUUAGACAAUAAUAGAACAUACUGGUAUCUGGAAUCAUAGAUAAAUACUUAACAUUUGAUUUGAAAGUUUACACUGUAUUGCUUAGCAUGGUUCAAAUUUGUCUGGUAAUUAGUUUCAUGAUUUUAAUAUGACUUGUUAUACGACCCAUCACGUCUAUGUAAGUUGUUCUGCAGUUUAUGGUAUGUUGUGGUAAUGUCAAUAGGAUUUGUUAAUAUAAAUGUUGGUAGACCAAGUCUUUUGAACUGGAAUUUUGUAGCUAUUUUAUGAAGUUCAAUUUUGUUAUUUCGUUAAAUUCUGUAAGAAAACGCUUAGGUUAGAGCUCUCAAAAAUAAUGAUAUUGUAUUUGACAAUUUUUGAAAGUUUUAUGGAAAAUAAAAAU